AUGGAUGAUCUAGCCGGCCUUGACUGGUCGCAGCCCGCCAAAAAGACAACUAACAACACCCCCGCGGCCUUUCCACCCUUCCGCCAGAGCCCCACGCCUCAACUCUCCGGUCGAUCCACGCCCAUCUCCACGCUCUCUACGCAGCAAUCUGGAGCUGGCUCCGGCGGCGCUCAGCAGUUCAAGCUACCCUCGAAACCAGCAACCCCCGCAAACGAUAGCUUCGCUGGUCUCGUGUCCUCCAACAAGUCCAAAGCCCCAACGAGCAAUCUCUCGCUACAGGAACGCCAGAAACAGAUACAGGAGGAGAAGGCAAGACAAGAAGCGGAGAAGAGGAAACAAUGGGAUACUACCUUCGGAGGUGCUGAGUCGAGCCAUUGGGACACGUUAGGGAGCGGGAAGAGCACGCCAGAGCCUGCGGCAUUUGGCGCCCCGCGUCCUUCGAACAAUCCGUUUACCAACCAUGGCCUGUCCAAGACCAUAAAUAAGCCCUUCGCAGGCCUGGACACCACUUCGAGACGGCCUGAGGUGUCUUCACCCAGCGAGGCUGACCUCCUCGCAGCAUUCAAUUCGGCAGCUCCCGUAGAUAGCUCAAGUCACUUUCCCAAACCAAACCAAAGCAGCGGCAGAAGCACACCUGCUUAUAGCGCAAAUGUCUCCCGAGGCAAUACACCACUGCCACAACCUUCUUCUGGUAACAAUGCGCUUCUGGACGACGAUGAUGAUAUGUUUGGUCUCAAGCAAAUGGCGCAAAAGUCGACUUCGCCUGCUCCGCCACCCCCAACCAACGAAGCCGACGACGAUAUACUAGGCUUGCUAGGGAAGCCUGUUUCUGAGUUCCAGCAGAAGGAAGAGCUCCAGCCAGCACCCGUAGAGGAACCUUCACAGGCACGCCAACAAGCUUCUCCAGGUCCUGAAAACGCACAUGACAAAGCUGUCGCUGAGCUAGUGGAUAUGGGAUUUCCAGCAGAAAGGUCGGCGAUUGCACUGGCUACCACCGAGUCUGGCUUGGACGUGCAGGCUGCUGUAGGAUGGCUGUUGAACCAAGCGCAUGCCGAGGCGAAACAGAAGACACAUACGCAGAGCCAGGAUAGGUCGCUCCGAGAGCCCGAUGAGCUUGAUGAGCGCCCAAGGCGGGGAAAUAGUAGACCUAACGGACGAGAAUCGUCGAGAGAACCACGGGCGAGCGGCUCUAGACCCGCGUGGAUGCAAGACGAUGAAGUACGAAGUCGAUCCGGUCAGCGUAGACCAGAAGGCCAAGAGAAGGACGUAACGCAAAUGGCUUCUGAAAUUGGCAACAACCUUUUCAAGUCAGCAAACUCCCUAUGGAAGACGGGCCGCAAGCAAGUACAGAAGGCCAUGGCCGAUUUCCAGCAAGAGGGCGAUCCCAAUAUGCCAAAGUGGAUGAGAGAUGCCCAGGCUGCGGAAGCUGCUCCUCGCUCAAGUCGACAGCAAAAGAAUGAGCAAUCGGCGACAGAUGAGGCUAUGAUGCUGGAGGCUGGUGGACGACCCACCAAGCCAUCUCGAACGAGCGAGAUGCGUCAACAAGCUGAAUCGCUACCUGUACGCCAAAGAAGAGAGCAAGAAAUGGGAAGAAAUGGCUACCCAGAUCGUAUGUCGUCUCAAUCGCCAUCACAGCGACAGCAACCAUCAAGUCUGGAUAAACGACCAGCAACGCGACUGACCCGCCAGGAGGUAGAAGAACAGAGUUCCCAGGCAUACGUUAGCCCUGCCCGCCGCAAGAAGACUACACCGCAACCACAACCAGAAGUAGAUCUCUUCUCUUCAGACCCCACACCCCCAAAGCAACCUUCACGUCAAUCGACGCCAGCGAAAUCUAACAACCCAUUCCUCCAAGCGACUUCAACACCAAAGGCUCGAAGUCCAGCCCCUACGCCAGCCCCGCCCAGACCAAAAGCACCACCGCGACAGAUACCUCCAGUGUCGUCUUCGGCUCUCAGUUCGUCGUCAGCUAAUCGGCAAAGAGGAUCAGAAGCAUUCAAACGUGGAGACUACUCCGCUGCACACACUGCCUAUUCUUCAGCACUGAGUCCUCUUCCAAAAACACAUCCUGUCACGAUAAUUGUACUCUGCAAUCGUGCAGUCACCAACAUCAAAGUUGGUGAUCCGAAAGCGGCGAUUGCUGAUGCCGACGCAGCCUUGGCUAUAAUUGGCGUGUCAAGAGGAGAGGGCGAGAAGAUUGCUACAGGCGGAAUAGAAGGCGAAAAGGACAUGAAGGAGUUUUACGGUAAAGCUCUCAUGCGCAAAGCCGAAGCCCUUGAGAACAUGGAGAAGUGGGCAGAUGCACAUGGCGUAUGGAAAGAAGCCGUUCAAAACGGUGUAGGUGGCGCCAUUGCCAUCUCCGGCCGCAACCGCUGCGAGAAAGCCGCAAACGGCGGCAACAACAAUGCUCCAGCAGCCGCGAAACGUCCGCCUCCAGCCCGCAAGCCCGCUGCUCCCAGACCCUCAGCCAUGUCAGAUCUUGGUGGUGGCGGUCCUGCCAACGACUCCGAAGCCGUCAAGCGCAUGAAAGCAGCCAAUGCCGCUGCCGAACGCGCAGACGACGAGAAAUUCGCCCUUACCGACCAAGUCGACGCAAAGCUCAUUGCUUGGAAGGGCACCAAGUCAGAUAACCUGCGUGCUUUACUAGGUAGCUUGGAUAAAGUGCUUUGGGAGGGUGCAGGCUGGAAGAAGGUCAACAUGGGCGAUCUGGUCAUGCCGAACAAGGUCAAGAUUAUCUAUAUGAAGGCUAUUGCUAAGGUUCAUCCCGAUAAAAUAUCCCAAACGGCGACUACGGAGCAGAAGAUGAUUAGUGCAGCUGUCUUUGCCACAUUGAAUGAGGCAUGGGACAAGUUCAAGACGGACAACAAUCUAUAG